AUGCUUCCUACUCCGCCUUCUACACACACUUCGCGCUCCAGCUCCCCUAGCCUAGUAGAAGCACCCACACCCGAGGACGUCGACGCUCCAACCCAGUCCAAGAAGAAGAAAAAGAAGAAGGUCAAGAAGACGACUAAGGCCAAGGAUGCCACGCCGGGAGGCAAGGGUGCUGCCGGACCUGGAGGAGACCGCGACCGCCCACCUGUACUCUGCAUCAGCCGCAAUAAACACUGGCGGUAUAUUAGUUCGUAUCAUGGACCAUGGCUCCAACUUCCGCUCGAGCUACUCGAAUCUCUGCUUCUACUCAACCUUGACCCAGCCACACUCCAUGCAGCAGACAUGAGAUUGCCUCCGCUCCCCUCCAACACCGCUCUGCCAUCCCCCAAGCAGCGCGACCGCGGGUUUGCCAGCCUUGGCAACUACUCACCCCCCGACUCCCCGCGAAACACUUUCAAUGCCCUGCCGCCGCCACCUGCUUUCCCUACACCGCGCCCUGGCAAGGCAACCCCUCCCCCCAUCGAUCCCGGAGUGUUCCGCUCCGUCGCUCACAUACGCCGUCUGAUAGACGAAGCAUCCGAGCUGUCCGUGCGCGCUAGUUCAGGACUUUCCGCCGCGGCACUAGGGUCUAUGCGCAGCGGGCCUGGAAUGAACGGUAGCGCGUGGGCUACCGCACAGUCCCUUGGGCUGAACCCUCUCGGUGACAGUGGUAACGGUCGAAAUGUCGCAAUGUCUGCCAUGCGCGUGCACCGCUUACGCGCACUGGCGGUCCAGAAAUUAGCAGCCGCUUACAAGACAGAUGAGAUUGCGUCCAGUGUGAUGGUGAUGCAAGGCGGGAGCGUGUUCGAUGACAUAGCGGAACGCGUUCUGAAAGUCGAUCCACACGACGUUGACGCGCGAUACGUGCACUUCUUCCACGAGAAGAUUCCCUCUAGGUUUGUGCGGCAACUUGCGGAGUCGACUUCGACGGCGCUGCUCGACGAGCUCAUUGCGCUUAACCCACACCGACUCGAGUUUUACCGUACCCGCGGCAUAGUACACUGCUUCAGGGACGAGUACGCCCUCGCCGCGAAGGAUUUUACCCACGCGCUCAAGGAGGCACGCGCUAUGCGGAAAGCGCGGACCGUCCAUCUCAACGGUAACUUCGGGGACAAGCAGCGGGGCAAGGGUGCGAAGAAAAAGAAAGGCAAAGCCGGCGGUAGCAAAACCAACGGACAGGCGCCACCAGACGGGACCAGUGUCGGCGCAGAAGGGUCCGACGCCGUCGCAUUCGACGGACCGGACGGGGAGACCAUCAUGCUACAUCCAUCCGUGCUGCCCGACGCGCCCGAGCCUAUCGAGCCCCAGUGUCUAUUCCUGCGGGCAGCUGCGUAUCUGCAGCACGCUGUCUUUCUCAUCGAGGAUGCCAUUUUCAAGCUCGAGGGUAUCCAGAAAAUUCCAUCUAUCGACGGCGCGGAGAUGCGCCUGUGCUACGUCGAGAACGGUAGGUACGGUGGCGUCGAGAUCGGGAACCCCGACGGACCCCUCGGAAAGGGCGACGGCGCGAAACUACAGGCGUACCGUGCGGCGCUCACCGUGCCCGUUCUCCGCGAGCACGUCCUCACGCUCGUACGGAAGAGCAUGCGCGACCAUCGCCAGUUCCUUGCGCACUUCGACACUCUCGAGGGUGGCCCAGGCUUCGCCGACGCGGACAUAGCGCAGCGCACUGAGUACGCGUUCCUACUCUCCGAGUCACUCCGCCCGGGCAGCCAGUCACCGCCGCCUCCAGUGCCGGAUACCCCACCUGUGUUCACGACGUAUCACCCGCUGCUCGUCGAAUCGCACUUCUCAAUCCUGCUGGGCCACCUGAUACUAGGAGACUUCCCCGCGCUCCUCCCCGCGUUCUCGCGCGCCGCCGCGCUCGUCGACGGGCUUGAGGGCUACCCUGUGUUCCUCCCACCGCGCUCGAUGGCUCAGGCAGAGUUCAUCGAGGUGCUCGAGCGCCUCGCAGGCGGGUGGCGCAACGGUACUCAGCCGCACUCGCUCAGCCGCGCGAACUCGAAACAGCUGGCGAUUGAGGCACCCCCACCAGCGCGGCCAGCCACGCGCUCACCGAAGGCGAAGGAGGUGCACAGAAUCCCAACGCCACCGACGCCGGACCGAGAUGUGUACGGAGCGUCUGGCUCAGGCGUGAACGGCUCGAGCUCGAGCACCUCGUGUCCAGCGCAGGCACCGCCGUCGCCCUCUGCAUCCGCUGCGUCGCUGGACGGUCGCACGCGGGAGGAGCUUGCGGCUUCGCUGGACGCUGCCCGUAUCCUUCUCUCCCCCGUGGCCAAACGACAGCGGGAGAAGGCGGAGCGAGCGGCCGCGGAGAAGACGGGCGCGAAGAGCGGUGGGGCUGGCGCGGCGAAGAAGCCUCUGAACAUCAACAUCCCGCUGCAUGGGCCGCGGGUGGAAAUCGUGCUGGCAUGGAUGGCAGCGGUGUUCCUAUGCGAGCUGGACGGUUCUGUGUGA